AUGAAUUAAUUGUAUGACUUGAUGUCAAUUAUCAAAACUUCUGGAUAGAGAGGGUAAGAAUUAAUGAUAGAUUCAUUUGUAAUUGGGUACCUUUUAGGGAAGGGUAAUUUAAAAAAUAAAGAGGAAUUAUAAACAUUUGUUGAACAACUAAAAGAAAUAAAAAAUUAAAUAGAUUAAAGUCUAUAAUAUACUUCAAUUAGAGAUGACUUUCUUAUAAGUAAUUUAGGAAAUAUGUAAUUUUUAUUAAAGAAUGAGAAAAAUGAUGAUAAAAAACAAAAAUAAUUGAAAAAAAAUGCAGAAAAGGCAAAAGGAAAGAGUAAAAAAAUCAAUUUGGCUUAGACUACACCUAUUAACCCUUAAUUAGAUAUUAAAGAUGAAAAUGAAUUGAUUUAAAAUUAAGUAGAGGAAGUUGAAAAGUAAUAGAGCUAAGCAAAUUCUAAGAAAUCCUAAGGUUAACAACCUUAAAAGCCUUAAUAAGGUGUGUAAACAAGAUAAUAAUUAGCCCAAUCUAAAUCGGAUUAAUAGAAAAACGAAUAAUAGAAAAAUGAAAAACAGAAAAAUGAAUGA